UCACCGCCGACGAUAACACCGCGCCGUGAUAACCACCGCUGGACCGUCGUCGUGUUUUCGACAGUCACCCGUUCGCGUUGCCGUCGAUCGUGUCCGUCCGUUGCCGAGACGGUUGAUGCCGAUUCCUCGUCGAUCACGACUCCGACCGAAACUCCUCGAUCAGUAGUUCCGUUCUUCGAUCACAGCGGAGACGUCACCAUGGACGUGAACACCGACGAGUUGUUCUUCUGCAGGUUCUGCCUUCGGCAGUCGGAGUCCUCGUUCCCCAUCUUCAUGGAGGCCGACCCGGACCUGGCCGUCGACGUGAUGAGCUGUCUGCAAAUCAAGAUCUCCCAAGACAGUGUCGGUCCGAAACACAUUUGCACCGAAUGCUACAACCGCGUCCAGGAUUGGCUGAUGUUCAAGAAACAGAGCGAGGAUGCUCUUAAGGAAAUUGAAUCCAAUGAUGAGUUUACCGAAAGAGAGCAAGUCACAGCUGUCUCUCAAAUGGACCUCAUCGAUGAAGUGGACUACCAUUGCUGUAUAUUCUGUGACAAACUUUACCCCAGCGAAUACGAACUUUUGAUGCACGUCAGUGAGAACCACCAAGACAUCGUGGACUUAAAUUCCAAACCCAAGAACAGAGAUGAAACCUUGGAUUACAUUCAAUCUUCAUUCGUCGAUGAUGAAGAUAAUAUCCAUUGUGAUGAUUAUUUGAACUCGAUCAACAAUACAUCCCCAACUCAAAAGAUCAAUUUUGAUGAAUUUAAUGAAAUGCAGACCUCUGAUGAUGGAGAUGAAAAAUUUCAAUGUUACUACUGUAGUGCUACAUUUGACGAAUUUGUGCAUUUGAAAGAACAUUCAGUGUCCAGACACCGUGAUCUAAACAAAAAAACUGAAUGUAAUAAAUGCAAUAAAAUAUUUCUGACAGUCUCUGAUCUUCAAGAGCACGUUAGACUGACCCAUCCACCCAAAAAAGAUAAACAAGAAUUAUCUGAGACUUCAAUGAUCAGAUCAUCCAAGAGGUCACCGUAUGUCUGUAAUUUGUGUAAUAAAAAUUUCUCAAGGUUCUGUGACUUGUUGGAUCAUGAUGAGAUACAACAUGAUGAUUUACCAAAGAGGUAUAGGUGUGGCGUAUGCAGCAAAAUGUUUUUGAUGGAAGAUAGGGCUAAGGUUCAUUACAAUUUCUAUCAUACCAAAACGAAAGGUACAAUGAAUUUUCAGUGCAGUUUCUGUGGUAUGGAAUUGAAAAGUGCUUCAGCUGUAGCUAACCAUGAACGAAUGCACAUCACUCAAAAAACUACUCAAUUUGGAUACAAAAUUAUUAGAGACUGAAAAAUACUGGCAUCUUUGUUUAUUUGUUAUAUUUAAAUUAUAAUAUUGAUUAAUGUAAUAUGUUUAAUUCUAAAUUCUGUUUAUGCUUAACUUGAGUGUACAUUUUGUAUAAAUUACAACAAAAUUAAUGUUAUAAUCUUAAUGGAUACUUUCUGCCUAUUCGCAAUAAACGUUAAUUCUAUUGUGUGAAUGUUUAUUAUUUAUAUUACUUUAUCAGUGAUAAUCUUGUUGACUGCAAUC